AUGGCAACAUUUAGAGCAUCUUCAUCCAACACAUGGCUCAACCCCAAAUCUUCUUCAUUCAAUGAUUUGUGCUCUAGUUCCAAUUCAAGGGCAAAUUCAAGUUCAAUCUUGUUAAGGAAGAAAAGAUUUGGAUCAAAAAACACAAUCUCAUGUUCCCUACAAACAACACUCCCUUUCCCAAAAAAGUACCAACCUCAGUCCACAAAUCCAACAACAACCUUAAACCCAACAAAAGAAACAAAACCCAAUUUACCAUUACCAAAACAAGAACAAAAAUGGAACCUUCUACAACAAGCCGCCGCCACCGCCCUCGACUUCGUCGAAACAACCUUAAUCAAACAAGAAAGCAAACACCCACUACCUAAAACCUCCGACCCACGUGUCCAAAUUGCCGGUAACUUCGCCCCAGUACCGGAACAUCCGGUAACCCAAAAUCUCCCAAUUACCGGCAAAAUCCCAAAAUGCAUUGACGGCGUUUACCUCCGUAACGGCGCCAACCCUCUUCACGAGCCGGUUGCCGGUCACCACUUCUUCGACGGAGACGGUAUGGUCCACGCCGUUAAAUUCAGUAACGGCUCCGUUAGUUACUCUUGCCGCUUCACCGAAACCCACCGUUUGGCCCAAGAAAAAGCCCUCGGCCGCCCCGUUUUCCCCAAAGCCAUCGGCGAGCUUCACGGACAUUCCGGUAUAGCCCGUCUCAUGCUAUACUACGCACGUAGCCUGUGUGGACUCGUCGACGGUACCCACGGAAUGGGCGUCGCUAACGCCGGUUUAGUUUAUUUCAAUAACCGUCUACUAGCCAUGUCUGAAGAUGACAUCCCUUAUCACGUUCGUGUCACACCUAACGGAGACUUAACGACCGUUUGCCGUUACGAUUUUAACAACCAACUGAAAUCAACAAUGAUUGCUCACCCAAAAGUUGACCCUGUAGAUAAAAAUCUGUACGCUCUAAGCUACGACGUCGUUCAGAAGCCUUAUUUGAAAUACUUUCAUUUCGACUCCAACGGCGUUAAAUCGCCCGACGUUGAGAUUCCGUUAGCCGAGCCUACUAUGAUGCAUGAUUUCGCUAUCACGGAGAACUUCGUCGUUGUUCCUGAUCAACAGGUCGUGUUCAAAUUAGGCGAAAUGAUUCGCGGUGGAUCACCUGUUGUUUACGACAAAGAGAAAGUUUCUCGUUUCGGUGUUUUAUUGAAAAAUGCUCAAAAUGCGUCUGAGAUGAAAUGGAUUGAAGCGCCUGAGUGUUUCUGUUUUCAUCUCUGGAAUGCUUGGGAGGAGAAUGAUGAAGUUGUCGUGAUCGGCUCCUGCAUGACACCGCCCGAUUCCAUUUUCAACGAAUGCGACCAGAGUUUGAAGAGUGUUUUAUCGGAAAUUAGAUUGAAUAUGACAACAGGGAAAUCAACCAGAAGAGCCAUAAUUGAUGAAACCGAGCACGUCAAUCUCGAAGCAGGAAUGGUGAACAAGAACAAACUGGGCAGAAAAACACAGUUUGCUUAUCUCGCUCUUGCCGAGCCAUGGCCUAAAGUUUCCGGGUUCGCCAAAGUUGAUCUUUUCACCGGCGAGGUUAAGAAGUAUCUCUACGGCCAAAACCGAUUCGGCGGGGAGCCUCUGUUUUUGCCUAAUGAGGAUUCUGAGAAUGAAGAUGAUGGUUAUAUUCUGGCAUUUGUUCAUGAUGAAAAGGAAUGGAAAUCAGAACUUCAGAUUGUGAAUGCUCUGAAUUUGAAGAUAGAAGCUUCUAUUCCGCUUCCGUCUCGAGUUCCUUAUGGGUUCCAUGGAACUUUCAUACAUUCACAAGAUUUAGAGAAACAAGAGUGA